GGGUCCAUGUGUUCUUUCGACGAUAAGAAGUUACAUCGAAGGUUACAUCCCGGUUUUCACUUACACUAGUUAUACCCCCUGUCCAGGGUGUCGACAAAGGACUUUACAACACACCACAAUACGCUUAAAUGCUGUACUCUCGGCACUCGGUUAUGCCCAUCAAUAAGGAACUUUAGACAUUUGACCAAUCGGUUAAAUAGUAAACAUGGCGCCCAGUGUGGAGGAACAUACGCCGUACGAUAUCACCUCGCGCAUCUCUCCGUACCUUGACGUUGAGAUGCUCCUACAUGUGUUAGAUUGGCUAGCAGAUAAAGAAACAUCUUCCGAUGAAUUGGCAGAUGUAAGAGCGGAUGUAGCCAAAAAGGUGGAAUCACAGAAAUUAACAGACGAAAAGUUCAAAGAAGUUGAAGCCGAGCUUCUGAUGAAAAUUGAACCGCUAAAAGAAGCUUUAGGGAUUUAUAAAAAAAGUCAAGUUAAUCGCAUUUCCUCAUCAGCAGAACGCAUCUGGUUGGUAUCACUGCCGCAGUGGUUGGCAUCACAAGAAAAUGUCACUUUAGAAAUUGACUCAGAAGCGGAGCAGGCUGUUUUUAUGUUGGCUAAAUUGUAUUCCAAUCAAGGUGACUGGUCAAAAUGCAAACAAUGGCUAGUGUACUACCUAGAAAAUGUAGCCAAGUAUACCUAUGACGGUAACACACCAGCAAACAGAGCCAAAUGCUAUUGGGGUAUUCUUAGGUCAAUCACAGUCGGCGUCCUAUUACCCUCUACCGAAGCUGAACUCAUCGCCAUGGCGAGCACACCACUCCCUAACGAUGAAAACAGGGAAGUUAGCAUACUGGAACCUGACCUACCAAGGACAGCGGUACAAUGUAUUGUACGCCUCGCAGAGUUGUUAGGUAAUGAGGAAAUUGGUAAGACGCGCAAAGAAAUGGUCCUUAAGCGUGUAUGGCUGUUACAUUGGGCCAUGUUUUACGUUUUCAAGUACCACAUACCGUUGUCCCAAGUAAAAACUAAAGGUGCCAAGAGCUAUGAAUGGCCUCACGUACAAGAGUAUCUUAUUGAUGAUCGGAAUAUGGCAGUAGUACAGAUAGUGGCGCCACACUUGUUGAGAUAUUAUGCAGUUUAUGCAAUUCUACACAGAAAUCGUAAAGAUCACUUUAAGGUAAUCAGUGCCGCUAUAUCAAACGGAAAGUCAAAGUAUUCGGAUACAUUCACAGCCCUGGUAGGUGCGUUGUUUGUGGAUUUUAACUUUGAAGACGCGCAAAAACAUAUAGCCCGUAUACAGGAUGCAUGUCGAUUAGAUGUCUUCCUAGACCCACUCAAAUUCCAAAUAGAAGAACAUAGUAGACAUAUCAUAUUUGAAACCUACUGCCGCAUACACAAGUCAAUCAACCUUGAUCUCAUUGCACAAAAGGUAAACAUGAGCGCACUAGAAGCAGAAAGGUGGAUAGUGGGAUUAAUUCGCCAUUCUCACCUAGAAGCAAAGAUCGAUAGUGAGAAGAAUUGUGUCGAAAUUUCAACAGUACCACCAAAUCUGUACCAACAAGUAAUCGAAAAGACGCAGAAUCUAACGUUGAGGUCGAACAUAAUUUUACAGAACCUCAUAAACGCGGAUUCAUCAGGACCGGUAUACACGCGGAGUCAAGAUGACAAGGGAGCCAAACGAUCAGGUCAACAACAGCGUAGGCAACAGAAUACUAGGUUCCAAAAUUUUAGCCAGCGCGACUUCUUCCGUAGUGCUGAAGUGGAACAGUGAACAGCUGACUUAAAGAAAUGCUAAGCGCCAUCAACACUACCUAACUGGUA